UCAGGAAGAAAUUUCAGAACAAUCGCUGUCUGUACUCUGGCGCCCUCCUCCCCUUCAGGCCGCCUAGCGACAACUACUCUUCUCUGUCGGGUGGCCACUGAGUGACUGCAGCUGGAGAGACAAUAACUGUCUGCCACACAGCCUGAACUCGUUUCACCAUGGAUCAGCAUCAGGACCUCACCUCGAGCCUGGAUGGCCACGCCGCCGUGCAAUUCAACUCCGGGGAGACCAUGGCCUCGGCUGCCCUGGCCAACAUGACACUGAAAGAACCCCAGAACCAGCAGGAGGUCAAGAAGCCUAACGGGAUGCCAGACGCACACAUGGGACCCGGGGGCAUGGAAGAAGAUUUGCUGGAGCUGUCACCUGACCUGAAAUCACAGUCUCCAGCACCAGUGUCAGAGGUCUCGGUGUCUAACAGCGCCCUCUCGGCUACCAGAGGGAUGACCGCUACAGGUCAAGCCAAGGCCAGUGCAGGGGCUGGGAAAGAAGCCGCUGAGAAAAAGACACCCAACGCCACCACACCUGUCAAAGCAUCCACCCCCAAACGACCCUCCUCGGUCCAAACCACCCCCAACAAAAAGCCUUGGUCCUCUUCCUCUGCCCCAGCCUGCAACACUAGCAGGCCCAGCUCAAUAUUUAAACCCAGUCCAGGCAGUGCAAGAGCCAGAGAGCCCAGGCCAAGGACUGGAGAUGGGAAGACCGCCAGCACCAGGACACCAGGUGCCAAACCCCAGGGUGCUGGGACCAGGAUGCAGACCAAGACCACUGCUGGAGUUGAUUCCCCCAAGACGUCCCAAGACCGUAGUGGCUAUAGCAGCCCCAGCACACCCAAGUCCCCCGCCAGCCGGGAGGUGAAGAAGGUGGCGGUGGUGCGGACCCCUCCUAAAUCCCCUGGGUCCGUGAGGGGGCGCAGUCCGGUGCCCCUGGCCGCCCCCAUGCCCGACCUGAAGAACGUCCGGUCAAAGAUUGGCUCCACGGAGAACAUCAAGCACUCGCCUGGUGGAGGACGGGUGCAAAUAGUUGAGAAGAAGAUGGAUUUAAGUAACGUUCAGUCAAAGUGUGGCUCCAAAGCCAAUCUCAAGUAUACCCCAGGAGGUGGCAAUGUUCAAAUUACUCACAAAAAGAUUGACCUCAGCAACGUACAGUCAAAGUGUGGAUCGAAGGCCAACAUUCACCACAAACCAGGUGGAGGCAAUGUGGAGAUCAAAUCGGAGAAGUUGGACUUCAAGGUUCAGUCUAAGAUUGGGUCCAUGGACAACGUUGGUCAUGUGGCUGGAGGUGGCGGGAGGAAGAUUGAAAGCCACAAACUGAGUUUCCGUGAGACGGCGAAAGCUCGCACCGACCACGGAGCGGAGAUUGUCCCCGUGGAGAUCAUCGCAGGCGGCUCACCCGCCCGUCUUCUCAGCAACGUGUCGUCCCCUGGCAGCCAGAACAUGACAGAGACGCCGCCGCUAUCCAUGCUUGCCGACCAGGUCUCCGCCUCCCUCGCCAAGCAAGGCCUGUGAUUCGACCACGUCCCUCCCUGAAAAAGCAUUGUAGGUUACCAAGGGAACCAACCACGCGAUAAAAAAAAAGAGAAACGAAGAGAAAAAGAAGCACCUCACUCACUCUCCCUUCCUCCUUGAAAUUCAAAGUCGCUCGCAGGAUUUUCCGACCGGGGAUAUCAGUCAGGGCAAAGUGGUCCGUUAAUGGACAGCCGUUUAUGGUCUUGAUAGUUAGAUGGACACAGGUAAUGAAAGCAUAUACGUGAAAGAAACGCAGCAUUAUUCUAUACCCAUAAAAACACAGACAGGCCUUGUUAUAAAGACAUUUACCAUACUUUCCAUUUACAGUGCAAUGAAUUGGGCUGCUCAAUUUGAAAGCAACUGCUCCGCAUGAAAAUAUUGCACAUUUCUUUGCUUAUUGCCAUGAAGUGGAUGUUUGAAUUUGCCCAUUUUAAGCCUUAAAAUGUGAAGUAGCCAAAGCCUCAAAUCUUUUCUCCACUAGAAAAGAUCAGCUAAAUUAAAGUGACACUGUACUAUACCAUUCAAAUGAUACUAAGUGCCAAAUAGACUGUUGCCCUUUCGUGCUUAAAAAACUCCGAUAUUCCCCAGUUGAGAAAUCCGCAAAGAUUUAUUUACGGUAUAAUGAAAUUCGAACGUUGUCGUAAACAGUUGCUGUGAUGUAAUUAAUAGCGUGUAAGUAAGGCAAAUUGACUCUGCCUUUGAGAUGAUUAAAAUAGACAUUGUUUGUGAAAUGAUAAAAUAAACCAUUUUCAUGAGGACAAUUACAAGUCUAUUACCCAGAAUAUUUAACUUAAGAGUUAAAGCCCAUGGCCUGUUCAAAACAUUUCAAGGAGGAUCCCAUUGCUGAGCAAUUAAAAUCAAUUAUAAACAAUGAAUUAUGGAGUAAUGGAGCCACAUUGUGCACGUCAAUCAAUUGGAUAAGAUUGCUCAUUUGAAGUUGAGGGGUUUUUGUGUGUAUGGUAUAGUCUACGUGCAGAUAUUUUGGUGGUAUAUCACCAAUCCUCACCAAGUUUCUUCUCAGCAGUGAGUCUGGAUCUGAGUACCUCCCCGUUGAUUUCUCGAACGGAUAUCCAUUCUAGACCAUCUGAUUGGUCCAGAGCCAGAACACACCUGGGUAUAGGGGCGUUAUGAAAUUUCAUCAUUGGCUUUGAUACUCCGAUUGGUUAGAGAUUAUCCAAUCGCAGAUUACUUUGUUUUGUACAACACCCCUUAUUUUGAAGUCAACAACAAACGACUUGAAUGAUGGCUGUCUCAGACUGCAGUAUGUAGGAAUGAUUGCGCAGCGGAAUAAUUCAGUUUGAGUGGUCAGGCAAUAGAAAUGCCACUGCAUUCCCACAACACACAUGCCUAGAAAAGUCUCAAUUUUACCUGCAUGAAAUUCAAAGCCUAAUACAGGAUGUGCUCCAAAUCUCUACCCUACUCCCAGUGUGCACUUGCACACUCUCUUUAUCAAAGAUGAUCAAAUGACCACCCCCUACCUACCCACAGCACACUACUUACGACGUGAAUUUGAACUAAAGUAAAUAUUUCUUCGCAACGAUAGAGCACUCUUCUUUUUUUUUACGCUGUAGAUCUAACCUUAUGUUGCGCACUUUCUUUCCUACUAGUAGCCCUAUUCUGUGGAUGUAAGACAUAUUCAACUGCUAUUUAUGAAUGCUUGUAGAUGUACCUGCUGACACCCUGCUAUUAUUUUUUUAUAUUCCCGACCCUCACGAUGCAUUCUUGUUUUUGAAGGUAGUUUUUACACACUGAAGUUCUCAAGUUGACCACCACUACAUGUGUGUGAAUGAUAAUUGUCUGGCUUUCCUCCUCAUUCCUCAUGGUCAACAUGAACAUUAUGUAAUGUGCUGAAAAUAUAUGAAAAGGGGGUUAAGCGGAUAUUAAUUGUUACGAUUGAAGAAAUCUAUUCAAGGUAAGACAUGUAAGCAUAUUAACUACCGAAAGCCCCCAAAAUACUCAAAUCAAAUGCUAUGUCACACGCUUCAUAAACAGGUGUAGACUAACAGUGAAAUGCUUACUUAUGAGCCCUUCCCAACCACGCAGAGAAAAAUAAAGAAUGAUUAACGGUACCAGUGCAGUCGACGUGCAGGGGUACAUAUAGGUAGGCAUACUAAGACUGAUAUUCACGUUAGACCGUUUGAGAAAAGGUACCAUUAAAACAACCCUAUGCACCUUGAGGUGGUGAAUGAUGUCCCGCAAAAGUGUAAAGCUGUUUUUUCCAAGUUAGUAUUUUAUUUCGAAGCUGAAAAUUGAAAUGUCAUGUCACUCUUCUAGUUUUUAAAUUAAUCUGAGGGAGUGGUUUACUAUUCCGAAAGGACAGCAUAACCGCAUUGUAUUCAUUAAACCUUUUCUUAACUGACAUUUUAAGCAAACUGGUAAUUGUAUUGUAAUUAAAUCUGUUGCGACAAGAGGGGAAGAAAGUUGGUGCAAAUGAUGUUUAGGACUUAAAUGUCAUUAAUUUAAGGGAAGGAAAAUGGUAAUUUGGGGCUUUUCAGUGUGGUAAAUAUAUUUUCCCUUUUGCCUCAAAGGGAACAAUGAUACAAGUUAACUAGCUUCUAUCCAACCCAUGUCCCGUUUUGUUUAUCCUUCUCUGCCGAGUUUUUAUUUUGACAGUCGUGAUUGUCCUUGUGAUGUGCAUUUUAUUAAUAUUUGGUUUACACUGAUACUUGUUGCUGUAAACGUGGAUUAGGAAAUAAAGUCAGUAUUGGAACAGCAA